CUCAGCCCCAGAUGGAGGAUGGCACUGCUCAGUGACAGCACUGUCAGUCGACAUCUUCAGCUUAUCACUGGACAAAACGUAAAGGCGGACAACAUUGACCAAGUAGACAUCGGCAUGGACGUCGCUGGCCUUCCGGACAACGUUGCACGCAUCCCUGGUCCGAGAUCUCAGCGCGAGGUGCACCUGACAGUUUCGGGCAUGGCACUGGUCUGCGCCACAACGUGGUGGAACACAGCCGAGAUCCCCAGAUUUCUUGGGGAGCCGCAGAAACCCAUCUGGAGUAACCUGGCCUCCACAUGCACAGAGCUCUUUAGGGAGAUCACACAGCUCUACUGCGGCUACUCCCCAGAGCUUGAAGAGAAGUUUGGGCAUGCGGGUCCUUUUUGGGGCAGGGAAUACAUCUUUUGGGGGGACGGCGAGCCGGUGACUCUGAUCAAUGAGAUCUUCUCUCCAGCACUCGAGGAAUACCUCGGUCCCAUGCAGAUGUGA